AUGCGAGCACUUGCUACGCUGGGAAGCACGAACCAAAGCAGUCUCACUUCCGCCCUUGACGCCUUGUGGGAGGAAUUCUUCGUGCACCACGCCCGGACAGAGGAACCAGCCGAGCUGAGGCGCAUCUUGUCAAAGGCGCUCGAGUCGCAAGGCCUGGCGGAUGAGAUACUGCGCAGAGCCGCCAGCGCCAAUGCAGAUGGGGGUAAAGCCAUAUUGACAGCAAACACCGAAGAGGCAUUUCAUAAUGGAGCAUUUGGGGUGCCCUGGCUGGUUUGCACAAGGAGCGAUGGGCAGCAGGAGUCAUUCUGGGGUGUUGAUCAUCUAGGCCGGCUUGCCGCCUUUCUCGAGCUGGACAAGCCUGCGGCCGGGAAGUGGAUAUCGCUACUUUGA